CUGUCGUCGGUUCAAGAAUACAAUCAUGAUGAUCGGCACGGAGAAAGAGAACGAGUUUUGUGUAGACUGGAACAAUAACAAUCAUAACGACGCCAAAAGGCGCGAGCUUACCAAACAACACCUAAUGCGCAUGCCCUACAUAUCCAACUCACGGAACCAGAAGAUGGCGGUGUGGACCGAUAUUAAGGAAAUACUCUUUCCCUCUUGUGAUAAAAACUGCGAAAUCGUCUUAGAGGAAUUAAAGAAAACUGUCAAUUACCCGAAACAUGAAAAGUAUAUGUAUCCAUGCUCACCACGUGACCACGUUUCGUUCCUGAGACAAUUCCGUUAUGUCGCCAUUGGUACUCUCCUGGUCCAAAUCAAUAAGAUUGACUGCAAUCAAGUGUUGUGGGAGAGAGUUUUGAAGCGACACAUAUCUCCCGAGAACGACGAUCACUUCUGCUGUUCUCCUGCAACCAAGGGCAAGAGCUCACAAACUGUUAAAGAAGAAGGGGCAUUUACGGUUUUAAAGUUUCAUAAAGUUUUCGUUGAUAGGAAAUCUAAAUCUGUACAAUCAUCACAAGCUUUUGUCAUUCCUGCAUUUGUCGGAGAGAAAAACCAAUCUGGAACCACUAGUCAUUUUAUACCCUUGUACUUAUUAGGAAAUAAUGUACCAAAUGUUCGAAAGCAUUUGGUCGACUUUUGUGGCCACCAUAUUGUCAGGUCCGAUAACCCUUACACUCAUUGCUGCUCUGUGGAAGAGGCCAGAGAAAUCACAAUAUGGCAAUUCAACAAACUCGGGGGCUGGGGGGGUCAUUGGCGACAUCUAACCACCCGGGACUUGCUGGUAUCAUUUGAGAAAUGCAUCGAUUACCUUGAGACUCAUUGUAACUACCUGACCGUAACAAGAACUUCCGAAGAUUCAGUUAAGAUAAAAAUGGAAGUAGGUGCAGUUCAGGCAGCAGAAAGUGUAAAAUCUGCUGAUGUAAGCUUCAAAAAAGUCAAGCCUAAGAAUGCCAACAGUCUUUUCCCUAAUCUCUUUGACAACUAUCAAGGUCUUUCUCCUAAAUCCAUCCCUAUUGGAUCCAAUCUCUUGGAUAGAAAGGAAAGCUGCACUUUGGAGAAAAAACGACAACGAAUCAAAAGUCCUAAAGACGAUACAGUUGUAAAGUGGACAUUAAAUAGCACAGCAGAAAAAACAGUAGGCAACCUGCAGGGGACUGAAGGUACAUCUAAAGCCAACAACUUACCAAGGUUUUCAACAUCAGCCACAUCUAAUUUAAUCAUGUCGGAUACAAAGAUAAAGCAGGAGAUGCAGAGCGAGGUGCGACAUAUGUGUUCAUCUGGAAAACCCUCAGCUGGUCCCCCAGACAUUAAUCGUUGCAAAGCAACACAAGUCAAUUUACCUGAUUCUAAAAUCACAGGUAGCAGGGCAAAGAGCACCAUAGCCAGUCGGACAAAUCGUUCCCAGAACGACACCGUUGACGACCAGACACUCAUGAAGCUCGUGUCGUGCAAUCCAUUCAAACACAGCAUCAAAGCACUGAAAGCCAUCAGAGAAAUGAACCUUCACAAGGAAGGAAAAUCGACAGAGGAUGGGGGAUCGACUGGUUUUGAAAAAUACCGAAGUGGUGACAUGAAAGAAAGAUCUCUUAGCAAGACCAAGCAGAUAGAGAAGGUUAUUUUAUUACCCGUCAUCACAGACAAAACAAGCAUUGGAAAAGAACAGUCGCAAGUUGCAAAGGAGCAAUCCGGAGAAAAAAGGUUUGAAUUACCAAAGAAUAUACCUGGCUCGGAAAAUCCGUUGUCUUUGUUAAGAAAACUGGUGAAGGAAAAUACUUCAUCAGAUGAUGGAUACAAAGAGCGUUUCACAUCUGAAGUCGAUGUCACAUCGAAUACUAGUAAAACCAUUCCCGAUGCAACGAAAUCGCUGGCAACCAAUACGUCGUGCUCCGAGAUGAAUAUUUCUUCUUUUUGUUGCGCACAGCGAAAAAACAGUUCAGCAUGUGGUAAGCUAAUAAAAGCAAACACAGCGAAAAGUGGCAGAACUUGUCAGGGAAAAGCUAAAACUUGUACAAAAGCAUGGGUAAAACCAAAAACAUGCGAUCUGAAAAUAGCCGACGAUCUACACACCAAUUUCCACAAAGGUGUUUUAAAAUCAAAAGACUGGGACUGUUUGAAAAAAUCGUCAGCUGGUAGACGGGUAUCUUUUGAAAUUGAUGAUAUGGCUGGUAAGAACCAUCAAGGUGAUCAAUUGCUGAAAUCAGAAAAAUGUGAUAUGAUUUCUGAAAAUGAAAGAAAAACUGUGGCAAUGAACAUGCAUGCGAAAAAAGAUGUGUCUUUACAAGUAGAAAAACAUAACGCUGCAGAGAAACAUGAUCCUAUAGAGGGAGAAGUACUGAAAUCGGUUGUUGAAACAAAACAUAAAGACGAUGAUUUGACUGCAAGUACAACUGACGAUCUUAAAUUUCAUCCCAAAAAGAGAUGGGCCAAAUAUUUUUUGACCGUUAAUUCGUGUAGCGAUGAGGAGCUAGAUGUCGAAAAUAUAGAAGUUACAGCAGAAAAACCUCGGACGGGCAAAAUAAACGAAUGUGAGGAGGAUGAUGAUGAGGCAAAUGACCCUCCGACAUGUUUUGACAUUGAAAACGACGCCAGAGAUAGAGCAGUCUUUGAACAAAGGAGCAGCGAGAUUUUUUUGUUGAAGGACAUCAACGUCGACCAUGAAGAAGUGGUUGAAGAGAAAAGUGAAAAUGAAAUUAAUGUUAUCAAGAUGAGUGACUCGGAUCUCCUAUUGAACGAGGCAAAGAUGAAUUUAGUGUCGCAACAAUACCUCCAGUGUGCAGAAUCAACAUCAGAUUCUACACUGGAUGAGAAAGCGUUGACGAUAGACGCUGAACAGGACAGAACUGAAGCAAAGAAACACGAGACGUGUCAUACAGGGAAUAACAAACGUGAAGUCAUUCAUGAAAACCCUGACAAACAGAUAAAAACGACGACCACGACAGAGAAAGAGUCACAAACUGACGACAUAGAUCAAAAGUCUUCUUUUAAAAACAUUAAAAUGUACAAACAAAAUUCUAAGAAGUCGAUUGACACUUGUAACCAAAAGAAAGGAAAGAAAAAACAGAAAAAAUGUGCUACGUCAAGUAAAAAAGGCAAGACGGCUAAGAAAGGAAAACCAAAAGUAACAAAGAGCGCAUGUUCCGUUGAAAACGAAUCAGAUGAGGUACUGAAAGCAAUAAGAAUUCAAAAUGUUAUCGAAGAACAAAAAAGAAUCUUAAAUAUAUUGACGAAAAGGAAAUAUGUAGAGCCACGAAACUUCGAUAAAAAUGAGAAGGAGAGAGGACAUAAAGAUGUCAGUAAAGAUGAUCUCGUGGAUAUUGAAGCUGGUAUUUUUUCUCGAGGAACGUCUGCAGUCACUUCGUCCCAACUCCUGGAGACAGUGAAACAAAGCGACGAUUUAGGGAGGAAGAAGGGCAUACGGAUUAAAAGAAAGAAUAAGAUAGAAAUCAAGCAAGAAGGGAGUGGUGUUACACCAGAUGGACAAACGGGUGCAUCGUGCAGUAGCAGUAUAAAUCCAGCACUGGAAAUAGACACAUACGACAUAGGAUAUGACGUAUUUCGAGACGACUCCGGGACAGAGAUCGGGGGGUUGGUUCUACAUCCGAAGUUUCUCCUGCCUUAUGUUCUCGUUAACGGCUUCCAGUACGUGGCCUUGGCGGAUGCCUGCAAGCUGUUUCCCGGAUGUAAGAAGAGCUGCAGGAUCUUGAGGAAUGUGUUAAAGAAAGAACCGUCCUUGCAGCUUACCAACUGUACUUGGGAGGAGCUGUACGUCCUUGACCUAAUAUAUUACGCCAAAGGACGAAGGGUGGUGACCGGGGACCCAUUGGUGAGGUUCGACGUUCUGAUUGGUCGAUACGAUGAUCUGCUGCUGUGUGUUACAAUGGAGCAAGCAGGACAGAGCGAUCAGACUUGGCAGGACCCAAGCAAGGUGAAGGCGGAGAAUAUUAACUCAGUGUACCAGUCAUACGUGCAGUACCCCACCGGUCACUUACCCAGGCAGCAGCAGGCCGCCCCCACCAACCAGCCAAAGCUGUCCAACAAGAACCCCGUCAUGCACCUCAACGAGCUCAGAAAAGGACUAACCUAUGACAUUCAAGCAGUAACCACAACAACAGAAGAGGAAACGGUGGUGGUGACGACAGAAGCCUCCAAGUCAGGGGGGGAGGACGACGUUCAAGCGGUGGCGAUCACUCCCGAGAACGUCAACAAGAAGAAGAAGAAGCAGCAGGAGAUGGCGUACAGCUGUCAUGUGACGGUGGACGGGGAGCAGUUUACCGGGACGGGGAAGUCACAGAAAGUCGCCAAGCAGGAAGCCUGCAAAUACGCCCUGCUCAAAAAGUUCAACAUUCUCUAUGUUCCAGGUUAUGAAAAUAUUAGUGAUGACACCAAUAUAUUCAACGCAGUUAAAAGAAAAGCCCCACCAAAACAGAAUGGACCUUCCCCUAAAAAACAGAAGAGCUCUGUUCCAAAGAAUGCCCUGAUGGUGCUGAACGAGACCAAGCCGGGACUGAGCUACAAUGUGAUGUCCCAGACCGGGCCAGUGCAUGCUCCGACUUUUGUGAUCUCUGUAGAGAUAGAAGGACAGACAUUUACAGGAACAGGGACCUCCAAAAAGUCAGCCAGGCUGGCUACAGCGCAGAACGCCUGUAACGCACUCAACUUGGAGUACACUUCAUAGUUAGAUUUAGUGUAUUAGUGUUACUGUGUGUGUGAGUGGGGAGAUAUUGUUCUAUGAGCAGAUAUGUUGUUAUUGUACGAGUGUAUCUCCGUCUUUAAAAUACAUUGUAUAUGGUUAUAUAUGAGAACAAACAAAAACUCUUUCAUGAUUAUCAGUGGAAUCUCUUGAACUAUUUUGUAUUUUUUUUAUUAGAGGAUCUAGCAGAUUUUUCAGGCUAGUUUGUUCAUUUUCUUAGCCUAUGAUAUGGGUUAUGUCUGAGACCGAGCUAAAUGCAUUUACUAGUAAACUCAUCAUUGCAUGUCAUGAUGUGAUACAAGAUUCUGAAAUAGAAUUA